UUUCAAUCAUUCGUCACUCUCCAAAAUCCCUCAAUUCAGUCCAAGGGUUUGCAAGCUACCAAUCAACCGCUUCACUGAUAAUGAGUUCCAACGCCGCAUCUACCACCAAAGGCGGAAGAGGCAAGCCCAAGGCCUCCAAAUCCGUCUCUCGCUCCUCCAAAGCCGGUCUCCAGUUUCCCGUCGGCAGAAUCGCGCGUUUUCUCAAGGCCGGUAAAUACGCCGAGCGCGUCGGAGCCGGCGCCCCCGUCUAUCUCUCCGCUGUCCUUGAGUACCUCACCGCUGAGGUGCUGGAACUUGCUGGAAAUGCUGCUAGAGACAACAAGAAGAACAGGAUUGUUCCCCGUCACAUACAGCUGGCAGUGAGGAACGAUGAAGAGUUGAGUAAGCUGUUGGGGCAUGUGACGAUAGCUAAUGGAGGUGUUUUGCCAAAUAUUCACCAGACUCUGUUGCCGAAGAAGACUGGCGGAAGGGAUAAAGAGAUCGGUUCUGCGUCACAGGAAUUUUAAGGUUUUUGUUGUGAAUUAAAUUCUGAUUUUUGGAUGGGUUAUGGUUUGGAAUUUGGAUCGUUGGUCCAUAUAUACAAGGCCUCCCUAAUUUUUGCUUGGAUGAAAUAUAUAUAGUCGUUUGUGAA